AUGGAAGCGGGACUGUGGGAAACAAUUGCUGGUUCUGUCAACAAUGCAGCUGAUUUUGCAGACCUGUUCUUUUCAAUUUUCUGCAGGUUAUCCAAAGAUGCGGUGACAUAUAUCAUCAUGAUCAUGUGGUGUCUAUGGCGGAGAUGUAACGAAAAGGUGUGGCAUGACGAGGUGAAGGAGCCACACAUAUCCAUUCAGCUAGCGCGGGACACGUUAAGGGAAUGGCUAUCUGUUCGAGUCAACAAGGCAACUCCUGCUGUACAACAGAUUGUUACGGAUACGAAUUGGAAACCACCAGCAAAGGGUUAUGUGAAGUGUAAUGUGGACGCUGCCAUUUUCUAUGAUCAAUGGCGUUUUGGUAUUGGAAUGUGUAUUUGA